AUGGGUCGGCAACCAGGAGAGACAGAGGAGCGAAGACAGGAGACGUGGUCAGAGACGGAAGGCAGGUGGGUAAACCAGGAGGCAGGCAGAGAGACGUGGUCAGAACGAAGUCAGGGAGUUCAGCAGCGGAAACUGAAACGUAACCUGCAGCAGAAGUUUGAGUGUGUGUUUGAGGGCAUCGCUAAAGCAGGAAACCCCAAAACCCUCCUGAACCAGAUCUACACAGAGCUCUACAUCACAGAGGGAGGGGCUACAGAGGUCAACCAGGACCAUGAGGUCAGACAGAUUGAAACAGCAUCCAGGAACCCACACAGACCACCAACAACCAUCACAUGUAAAGACAUCUUUAAAACACCACCUGACAGAGAUCAACCAAUCAGAACAGUGCUGACAAAGGGUGUGGCCGGCAUCGGGAAAACAGUGUCCACACAGAAGUUCAGUCUGGACUGGGCUGAAGACAAAGCCAACCAGGACAUCCACUUCAUAUUUCCAUUCACCUUCAGAGAGCUGAAUGUGCUGAAACAGAAGAAGUUCAGCUUGGUGGAACUGGUUCAUCACUUCUUCAGUGAAACCAAAGAAGCAGGAAUCUGGAUCUUUGAAGACCUCCAGGUGGUGUUCAUCUUAGAUGGUCUGGAUGAGUGUCGACCUCCUCUGGACUUCAACAACACUCAGAUCCUGACUGAUGUUACAGAGUCCACCUCAGUGGAUGUGCUGCUGAUGAACCUCAUCAGGGGGAACCUGCUUCCCUCUGCUCGCCUCUGGAUAACCACACGACCUGCAGCAGCCAAUCAGAUCGAUGCUCAGUGUGUUGACAUGGUGACAGAGGUCAGAGGGUUCACUGACCCACAGAAGGAGGAGUACUUCAGGAAGAGGUUCACAGAUGAAGAACAGACCAACACAAUCAUCUCCCACAUCAAGACGUCACGAAGCGUCCACAUCAUGUGUCACAUCCCAGUCUUCUGCUGGAUCACUGCUACAGUUCUGGAGGACGUGUUGAAGACCACAGACAGAAGACAACUGCCCAAGACCCUGACUGAGAUGUACAUCCACUUCCUGGUGGUUCAGGCCAAACUGAAGAACGUCAAGUAUGAUGGAAGAUCUGAGACAGAUCCACACUGGAGUCCAGAGACCAGGAAGAUGAUUGAGUCUCUGGGAAAACUGGCCUUUGAGCAGCUGAAGAAAGGAAACCUGAUCUUCUAUGAAUCAGACCUGACAGAGUGUGGCAUCGAUAUCAGCUCAGCCUCAGUGUACUCAGGAGUGUUCACAGAGGUCUUCAAAGAGGAGAGAGGACUGUACCAGGACCAGAGGUUCUGCUUCAUCCAUCUGAGUGUCCAGGAGUUUCUGGCUGCUCUUCAUGUCCAUCAGACCUUCAUCAACACUGGAGUCAAUCUGCUGUCAGAAGAACAAACAUCUUUGUACCAGACCGCUGUGGACCAGGCCUUACAGAGUCUAAAUGGACACCUGGACCUGUUCCUCCGCUUCCUCCUGGGUCUAUCACUGCAGACCAAUCAGAGUCUCCUACACAGUCUGGUGAAACCAACAGGAAGCAGCUCAGAGACCAACCAGAAAACUGUUGAGUACAUCAAGGAGAAGAUCGCUGAGAAUGUGUCUGCAGAGAGAAGCAUCAACCUGUUCCACUGUCUGAAUGAACUGGAGGAUGGAUCUCUGGUGGAUCAGAUCCAACAGUACCUGAGAUCAGGACGUCUGUCCACAGAACAACUGUCUCCUGCUCAGUGGUCAGCUCUGGCCUUCAUCUUACUGUCAUCAGAAAAAGACCUGGAUGUGUUUGACCUGAAGAAAUACUCUGGUUCAGAGGAGGCUCUUCUGAGGCUGCUGCCAGUGGUCAAAGCCUCCAACAAAGCUCUACUCAGUGGCUGUAACCUGUCAGACAGAAGCUGUGAAGCUCUGUCCUCAGUUCUCAGAUCCCAGUCCUGUAGUCUGACACUUCUGGAUCUGAGUAAGAAUGACCUGAAGGAUUCAGGAGUGAAGAUCCUGUCAGAUGGACUGAAGAGUCCAGGAUGCAGACUGGACACUCUCAGAUUGUCAGGAUGUCUGAUCACAGAGGAAGGAUGUUCUUCUCUGGUCUCAGCCCUAAAGUCCAAUCCGUCCCAUCUCAGACUGCUAGACCUGAGCUACAACCAUCCAGGAGACUCAGGAGAGGAGCUGUCUGCUCUAGUGGAGGAUCCACACUGGAGACUGGAUCCAAACACAGCGAACAGAAAACUCAAACUGUCUGAAAACAACAAGAAGGUGGAACGAGUGGAGGAGGUUCAGUCAUAUCCUGAUCAUCAGGACAGAUUUGAGAAUGAGCCUCAGCUGAUGUGUUCAACUGGUCUGACUGGUCGCUGUUACUGGGAGGUCCAGUGGAGUGGAUACGUUUGUAUAUCAGUGACUUACAGAGGAAUCAGAAGGAAAGGAAAGAGUAGAGACUGUGUGUUUGGAGGAAAUGAUCAGUCCUGGAGUCUGUGGUGUUAUAGAGGUGGAUACAGUGUCUGGCAUAAAAAUGAAUACACAGUCCUCCCUCAGUCCUCCUCCUCCUCCUCCUCCUCCUCCUCCUCCUCCUCCUCCUCCUCCUCCUCCUCUGGUACAGUAUCAGUGUAUGUGGACUGUCCUGCUGGAUCUGUGUCCUUCUACAGAGUCUCCUCUGACAAACUGAUCCACCUCCACACCUUCAAAACCACAUUCACUGAACCACUGUUUGGAGGAUUUAUACUGGUGGAAACCGGAUCCACAGUGUGUUUGUGUGAUGUGUAG